UUAAGGCCUCAGAGUUAGAAACCCAUUCACAAGCAAAAGAUGAAGGUCUUGCCAUGGUCUUCUUCUUCUUCUUCAUGGCCAUGGCCUUCUUGUAAGCAGCCCAAGACUUUGUCUUUCAGAGCAGAUGAUAACAUGUUCAAGACAGUUAACUCGGUCUACAUAGAUGCAGGAGAAGUGGUGACAACACCGGAGUCAUGGUUCACUAACUCAUCCGAGUCAGCGAGUUUCUCAACAGUUUCAGAAGAGUCAGGAGGGGAAUGGGUAGAGACUAUGAUUCGUGGGUUAAGAUCUGAGAGGCUUUUUUUUGAGCCUGGAGGAGAAUCUAAUUCGAUAUUAGAGGAAGCUAAUAAGGUUGGUGGAGGGUUUCCAUUCAAGGAGAGUUUAGUGUUGGCAAUGGAUUCUAAAGAUCCAUAUGUGGAUUUUAGAACAUCAAUGGAGGAGAUGGUGGAAGCUCAUGGACUGAAAGAUUGGGAGUGUUUGGAAGAAUUGCUUAGUUGGUAUUUAAGGGUGAAUGGUAAGAAGGCUCAUGGUUUUAUUGUUGGGGCAUUUGUUGAUUUGCUUGUUGGGUUAGCUGCUGCUGAUCUUGAUGUUGAUGCUUCUUCUUCUUCACCUUCUUCUCCUUCUUGUUCUUCAUUAAGAGUUGAAGAAGAGAUUGAGGAGGAAGAUCAUAAUCCUUCAAGUUCAGAGAUUUCAUUUUGAAUAUUAAACUUCAAUA